UCCUCAAACAGGUUUAUUGUUUUGAUUUAGUAGAUUGUCUUUUUCACGUGAAUUUUAAUGAUUGGUUCGACGGAGAAACAUAAAUAAAAACUAGCAGCACUAUUGAGGAUUUAAUCAAACCCAUGCAGACAAUGGAAAUAAUGACCGUGUCGGCGAAAAAACGGCGCUGUUGUUGACAAAGAUGCUUUCUCCGAGAUAAGCUAAUGUUAGCUGUGUGGCUAACGCAGCUACGUAUCUUUGGUAACAACAUGACGGUGAUGAGGAGCUGCGGUGUGUAGGAGCGAUUGACCACACACCGGAUCGCGUCGAUUUCCUUUACAUUGUCAAUCACCGAUUCAAAUGAUUGCUUCGUCUGAGUCGCCGGAUAGACUUAAAACUGCUUUUACCAAUCAAACGAACCACAGGGGGUACCUUCAACCAGCUGGUUGUCUUUGAAGAGCGUUGGAUAUUUGCACUGCUUUCUUUUCAAUGGGUGAGGAAAAGCCGGACACGCUGGACUUUGUGAAGGAUUUCCAGGAGUAUCUGAGCCAGCAGACUCAACAUGUCAACAUGAUAUCAGGCUCAGUCAGCGGCGUCAAAGAGGCGGACGAGCUGCCAGCCGACUGCAGUCAGAAUGGGCUGGAUCACCCUGCAGUGGAUAUGUCACUGGAGGACAGCUCAGGGAUCCUGGUGGAUGGCUUUGAGAGGACCUAUGAUGGCAAGCUCAAGUGCCGCUACUGCAACUAUGCCACCAGAGGCACAGCCCGACUCAUUGAGCACAUCCGAAUUCACACAGGAGAGAAACCUCACCGCUGCCACCUCUGCCCAUUUGCUUCCGCCUAUGAACGCCACCUGGAGGCCCACAUGAGAUCACACACAGGUGAGAAGCCUUACAAGUGCGAGCUGUGCUCCUUCCGCUGUAGUGACCGUAGCAACCUGUCACACCAUCGCCGCCGACGCCACAAACUUCUGCCGAUGAAAGGUGCUCGCUCACUUUCCCAUAAGAAGAUGCUGAGUGUCUUGCAGAAGAAGGCCAGCUCACUGGGCUAUGGCCGCCGACUCCUCAUCAACUUCAGCCCCCCUUCUAUGGUGGUGCACAAGGCUGACAAUGUGAAUGACUACUCCCAUGAGCUACCCCAUUUACGUCAGGAGACCUAUGAUAAUCCGAGUCAUGCAGGGGAGGACGGGAUCUCAACAAAUCCAAAUCACCAUCACCAUGAUAUGAUCAUGGAUAACCCCCUGAACCAGCUGUCCACCCUGGCAGGCCAGUUGGCCAGCCUCCCUUCAGAGUCCCAGGCUCAGACUCAACCUCCCUUGUCUCCUGGAGCCGAGUCUAUUGUUGAUGAGAAGCCUUUUCUCAUCCAGCAACCCCACCCCGCCACAGCUCCUGUGACAGUCACAGCCAGCAUGGCCCACGCCUCCUCCUCUUCCCCAGUCACCCCAGAGCCCCGAGCUCCUCCACACAACAACUGCAGCCCUGGAAGGGGACCUUGCAGCGAGCACAGCGGGCGUACCAGUACCCCUAGUAUCUCUAACAGCCAACCCAGUACACCAGCCCCAGGCCUGUCUGCCCCACUCCAGGACCCCCACAUGCUGCAUCACUGCCAGCACUGUGACAUCUACUUCCCCGACAACAUCCUCUACACCAUCCACAUGGGCUGCCAUGGUUACGAGAACCCAUUCCAGUGCAACAUCUGCGGCCACAAGUGCAAGAGCAAGUACGACUUUGCCUGCCACUUUGCCCGCGGGCAGCACAAGUAAAGCAGAUGAAUGAGGAAAAGAACUUUGAACGGACAGCUUUGUUUUAUUAAUUCCAUAGUCAUUUUAUUUAUUGGUCUUUUACUUGGCCUUGAUGUAGCCUAGCCUUUUGAAAGUUGUACUUAUACAGGAAAAUGUCAACAUUCAGAUGGUUUCAUUUUGUAUAAUUAAUGGUGCCCAUUCAAGUGUAUUAUAAAGGGAUGAUCAGUGUUUUCCACAGGUUGAGAAUUUACUUGUGGUGGUGGAGGGAGUCACUUUCAUUUGCUAACAGAAAAACACCUCCCAAACAUGGAAGUUAGCAGGACUAAUAUUUGUAGCCUUAUUUAAUGUAGUACCCAGUCUACUUUAUCCUUUGGUUUUUACAAAUCCAUUCCUUCAGAAAUGCAAUGCUGUGCAAAUGUUGGAGCAUCUCACAAGCACGCUGCUUCUUUAAAUGCAAUACCAUGCAACACUAACAUAACUGACAAUAAUAAACCCAAGCAAGAUGUUUAUUUCAAACUAGUGGCUGCAAAAAAGCUCUCAUGUGGCUUAGGAGGUAGGGCACAUUGUCCACUAAUAGCAGGUUUCCUACUCCUGUCCAUAUGAUGAAGUGAAUUUGAGCACUUUUCCUUUCAGUGACUUUUGAUGCACAGAACACAGGUGUAAUACUUUUUAGAUGAAGUUAAUAAGGACACAGUACAGCUUUUGAGAAAAUCAUACACAUCCAUUUGCUAAAUGUAAUAGUUUUAUUGACACCCUUGAACAUCACCUGAUGGAGGACCGUAGCUCACCUGUACCUGCCAAAGAAGUUAAGGGGUGAGGAGCCGCUCCCACAGCAAAAUGGCUUUCACACUCAAUAGCAUUAAAAAAUACAAAAUGCAAAAUCAAAGAAACAAAUCUAUAUGAGUGGGCCACCCAAAUAGAUUCUCAACACUCCUGUAGCUAUGUCUAAAGAUUGCUCUGAUGAUACUAACACAGGAGUGACACUGUUGGCCUAGAGUGAUCUUACUUGAGCCUUGUUGAAAUUAUUUCAGUGCUUUGGUGCAUUAGAACUAUUUCUUUGCAGUGCCUGACAUAUUCACUUUCUUGUGUGUCCAAGAUCAAGAGGACUGUUACUUUGAAGAUUAACAGAUAUUAUUAAAAUAUCCUAUUCUUCUUUUUUGCCCAUAACCACAAGAAGAAGGUUUGGCCAUUGUAGUUUUCUAUGGUAGCCAUGAUUUUUGCCAAAAUUCUGCUCCAUGAAUGCUGCUAUGUAACUUUGGAAUCAUUGCCGGCUGUGGCAUCCACGGUAAAACCUGGCCAAACUUUGUAUCAGUGGUUUUUGGUCAGCCAGCUAACAGGUUAACUAGAUUUUGUUGAAGUCGUAUUAUUUUUGUAGUUCCUCCACACAGUGCCCUUCCGUUACCAGUCAUGGCAACUUCGCUCAUUUUGUUAAAUUAUGUUGUAAUAUCACAUUCUGAUAUUUUGAUAUUGUAUGAAGUCACUUUGAUAUCCAGUAUCUUCAUGUUUAGGACAGAAUUACAAUGUCUCGUGACAUGUGAAAACUUUUUCAGAAAUUGCCACGUAGCACAGGGGAUGACACGUUUUAGCCUUUGUGAUAACACACACUGAGAUUCCCCAUUGAUCAUAUGGAUCCCAGUGCUUUUCUGAAUAUUUACUGUGUAUUGUGUUCUGAGUGGUUGGAUAGAUGUUCAGUGUAAAAG